AUGAAACUUAAAGUUGUAUUAAACGAUCAGCAAUCGCCAGAUGAUUAUAAAUUAUUCCGGACAGCAGUCUCUACGGUGGCGUCACUCCGAGAUACAGCUGUAUUGAGAUUCACUGACGAUGGAUUGACCAUCAUAUCCACCUCUAAAGUGUUCCUUAAUGACAGUACAAAUACAUCUAGUCUACGUGGGGAAACGGACCAGUUAUGGUGUCAUUUACCAAGAGAUAUGUUUUUGUCAUAUAAAUUGGCAUCUAUAAGAAAAUCUAAUACUGUCACAAUGGAAUAUAAUUGUGACGCUUUAUUAACUGCUUUCAAAAGGUUUGAUAAGAUUAUAGGUCAAGGUACGCCGACAGAUUUUAAGAUAUCGUUAAUACCCAGCUCACAAUGGAAUCAAACGGCGCCUCAACAUGAUGAGGAUGGUGAAGCUGUGAAUCCCAUGCACAUAUUAAGCAUCACAUUUCAAGAGGUUGUGUAUGUAAAUAAUGCACAAAUAAAUAAUACAACAUAUGGCAAUGAUACACAUAAUGGGCCAAGUUAUUCCAAUGGUGGGACUAAUAAUAAAGUCAUCGUGCAUAAUUUUAAAGUGCCAGUGAAAUUAUUAUUCAAGGUACAGGAUUUGUCAAUCAUUGAGCCCAGCAUUAUUCAUGAGUCCUUAAUCUUAUAUGACUUGCCACCAAGUACCGGGGCAUUUGGUCAAGCUUUCCUCAAUUUUAUGAAAAGAAUUGAACGAUAUUCGAAUGUCCGUGACAUUCGACUACAUAGUGUUCGAAGGAAGGAUACUGACGAUGACUAUAAUGAAAAUGAGAAUAACGAUCAAUUAAAGAUAAUAAUUGAUAAUGAAUUACAUUGGUAUUUAGAAAUAUGUUGGAAUGGACCGUUAACUUCUAGUGUGGUUCAAGACGAUGAAUCUGGUGAUGAAUCUCAACAAUCCCCCCAGCGGCAACAAAUCCCCCCAGCGACAACAACAGCAACAUCCUCGCUUCUUGCUAGAACUCGACAACAAAUUUCAGGGGCGGACUCUCAAUCAGACUCAAGAGAGAAGAAUGAUAUGUUUAAUAUUGAAAAUAGUGAGGCCAUGAUUGGUCAUAAUUACUCCUCCACAGAAAACAGCAUGUUAGAUGACGACAACAAUUACAGUACCAUGAAUAAAGAUUUAUAUAAUGUGUCGAAGAUGGUUGAAAAAGCAGAGCAAGAGAACAAUUUAUUAAAUGAGGUGAUUAUACGAGCAAAGGACUGGAAAGUUUGCUCAAAAUUGUACCCUGUAUGUGAUGAGGCUGUGCUCCUGAUCUCUCAUGAUUCUUCAUGCGUAUUCCAAUGUGCAUUACAGGGUGACACUUCAGAAGAGGAAAGCGGACGUUUAGCAUACUACAUCACGAGAUCAAAGGCGUUGCCAUGA